CAAAUGUUUGUUGCAGGCAAGCAAAAAGAGAUAAAAAAAAGUUUUCCUUCCCUACGGCUGGGCUUUCGCAUCGUUGGCUGUACAAAAGUGGAUAAUUGAUCGAAUUGCAAGAUAAAACUGCUCUGCUAGGUAAACGACAUGGGCCUAUCGCACAGCAUUGCCGUACCGGGAGGCGGAACCGAGGGAUACCAUGUUUUGCGGGUGCAAGACAACUCACCGGGCAAGACGGCGGGGCUGGAAGCAUUUUUCGACUUUAUACUCGCCAUCGGAAACACUCGGCUGGACCAGGACAACGAUACGCUGAAGGAGCUGCUGAAGGCAAACAUUGACCGGGAGAUCCAGAUGACGGUGUACAGCAGCAAGACGCAGAACAUCCGGCUGGUGGACAUUACGCCCAGCAGUACCUGGGGCGGGCAGGGGCUGCUCGGGGUUAGCAUACGCUUUUGCUCGUUCGAGGGUGCCAACGAGAACGUGUGGCACAUACUGGAGGUGCAUCCGUCGUCCCCGGCCGAGGAAGCUGGGUUGAUCCCGUUCACGGAUUACAUUAUCGGUGCCGAUUCGAUACUGCACGAGAGCGAGGAUCUGUUUACGCUGAUCGAAUCGCACGAAGGUCGCCCGCUGAAGAUGUACGUGUACAAUACGGAUCUCGACCGGUGCCGGGAGGUGACGAUUACGCCCAACUCGAAGUGGGGCGGUGAAGGAAGCCUCGGCUGUGGCAUUGGCUAUGGGUAUCUGCACCGGAUACCGAUUCGCAUGAUGCCGGCUGAUGCAAAGGUGCCGCUGAAUGGUGGAGCACAGUCCGUGCCGGUUGUUCCGGUGGGCAGUACGGCCAUGUUCCCGACCGCGACGACAGCGACGCAGAAUACGAUGGCGGGCUCGACGGUGGACACGACGAAUGCGAACCGCUCCAUGCCCUUCAUACCGAUGGUGCCCCCGCUAGCAAAUACGUUCGCUACACCGGUUAGCAAUGCGGCCCAUGAUCUGCUUACGGUUUCACAGCCCACCAACACGAUGACAGCCAUGACGGCAACGACAACCCCGGCGGUGGUAGGCGAUCUGGCCAACCAGUUCGCUACUCUAUCGACAGCGACGGGCCAAACGGAUCAGGUGAACAAUAAUGUGGAAACGCAAACGACACCAACGCAACCGGCGUACAACAAUAAUGCCGGACAGCCGGGAGAAGUAGCAUCACCACCGAUUCACGUCGGUCCUGCCAUCUAUACACCCCCGGCCGGUUCCGCUGAACAAGUUCAAAAUCCUUCUGCGAACGGUGAACCUGGUCCACAGCAGGUAGCGAUGGCGAACCUUUCCUAUCCGACAUCGUCCGUUCCCUCGCUACUACCAACGACGGGCGCCAAUCCCUACUCGAUGGCUAGCACUGUGCCACCUCCUUCGACACUGGCCAGUGAUUUCUACCAAAUGUAUGGCUCGACGGCUGCCCCCACCAGCGGUAGCACUGCCGUGGCACCGAGCGCCAACAGCUACGCCAUGUCCAGCACGAUUGACUUUCUGCAGAGCCAGCAGCAGCAACCACAGCAACCCUGGGGCUCGCAACCUCCAGUACAGAUGUACUCCACGUACCCUCAGGUGCAGCCGAUCCCGGAUCCGUCCCAAUCGCCCGCCCACCACCAACCGGCGGGUGCUGGUGGUUCGGUUCCGGCCGCAUCCACACUAUUCCAAAGCAACGCCGUUACGACACCCAUCUCCCUGCCCGGCAUGCCGCCGAUAACGGUCAGUGCAACGAUUCAGCCGGAAGCGCUCAGAGGGCUGCAGUUCACUAACGCUCCCGUGUCGGGCGCUCCGCCGCAACAGCUCCAGCAGCAGCAGCCACCGCUAAUGACCAUGCCUGCCCCAACGCUGCAAUGAAGCGAAUGACAACGCGGAACAGGGACGAACGGUCGGUAAUUGUGCAAUCGCGUUGGAUGUUGUACAUAGGGAGCAAUCCAACCCGUUGGAACGAUCUUUCAGCACCCGGUUCGGAGCUGCGACCAUCGAACGGAAAAGGAACACGACGGAGCAAUGUUUUGGUGCAUUUUGGUUGCCCUGGGUGACUCGCCGGAUAAAGUACACACGUAUAAUUUUUAUCUUGCGCUUUACGUUAUGCCUAAGUUUAGUCAAUCUAUGAAACAAUGGAUAAAGUAUCGUUAUCUUUAUUAAAUCUAAAAAUUAUGUCAAGUAAA